AUGGAGACAAAUGUUGAGACGCAGAGGCAGGAGAGCGGCUCCCCAAAGGAGUUAGCUGGGACACGGGCCCAAAAAGCCCCGGAGGCUGCCGCCGAGUUUGACUACAGGGAGCUCGGUGAAGCCGCGGUGCAGGAGUUUGAGGAGUAUUCAAGUGCGAGUGGUGCUGCUCCUGGUCGUCGAAGUUCUAUUCGGUUUGUUCUUGCCAGCAUUGAGGAAAAAGAGAAUGAGCUGAGAGAGUUGGAGGCGCGUGAGAAGGCUGUUGAGUCACAGCUGCAGGUGUACAGCGAAGUCAUUGGCCUGCGCAAGGAGCUUCGGCUUGUGAAGGAAGAAACGGAGCGGGUGAGACGGCAGCUUGAUUCCAUCAAUGUGUUUGCAGAAAAGUACGGUAAUGCCGUUGAACGCGACCUCAAUUCUGCCGAAGAGGAGGCACAGCGGUCCCAUGUGCAGCAGGUUUGGACGAGUGUGUGCCGGGAAAGGCCCAAUGAGAGUCUUGGGGAUCCGUCUUCGUGGACAAAAGUGGAUCUUGAUAACUUGUCUCGGCGUGUGGAGGCUGCGAGGGGGAAGCUCCAGGCGGCAAGUAAUGCUGCUGCCAAAGUUUACGCAUCACAGGAGGACAUGAUCAACAAGAACACUGAAGAACGCGAUAAGGCCAAGGCCAAGCUGCUUGAAAGCGUUGGGGUGGAGAUGGCGAAGCUUGUUGAGACCCGCUCUCGACUAAAGCAACUGGAUGAUGAUCAGCGGUACCAUUUCCGUCGUGGCACACACGUGAAGCAGCGUCAUGUGCCCUCCCUGAAGGAGCAGGAUAUAAUGAAGGGCCGUGUUUACAACGAUGAGUCAAGGCAGUUUGGUGAUGUCGUUUUGCUGGAGGACGAGUGCAAAGAUCUGACGGAGUGGGUGAACGGGGCCAAACGUGAGCUGGAGGACAACAAGCGCAGCUACGCCAAGGAACAGAGCGAGCUGGAGGAGCAGCUGCAGGUGAUGGAGGACAACGGUAAGGAGGCACGUGAGUUACGGGCGUUCUUUGAACGGGAGAACGACCAGCUGAAGGGACUCAAGCAGGAUCUUCAGCACGUGCUGAUCUACGUCCGCAUGCGCAACCGUGAGGCGUUUACUUAA